AUGGGGGAAUCAAAAUCCUCUUUCCACCCUGCUCUUACUGUCAACAAUAUCAAGCACAACAUCCCUGUUGUUCUCGAAUUGAAGGACGCACAGUACUCUACUUGGGCUGAAUUGUUUGAAAUUCAUGCUCGAUCUCACAAGGUGUUAGACCAUAUUAUCCCUCCGCCUAAGGAGAAGGCGAAGGUCCCUGUCACUGACGAGGAAAAGGAGACAUGGUCUGUUCUGGACGCUGCUGUCCUCUCGUGGAUUUAUUCCACCAUCUCCAACGAUCUAUUGCUCACCAUCAUGGAACCAGACGCUACGGCAAUGGAGGCAUGGGAUAGGUUGCGUGAUUUAUUUCAGGAUAAUCAGAAUUCUCGUGCUUUGACCCUUGAACAGGAAUUUUCGACCACCAAAAUGGAGGAUUUUCCAAACGUCUCUGCUUACUGUCAGCAUCUCAAGAGUCUCUCCGAUCAAUUGCGCGGUGUUGCUGCUCCGGUGGACAAUAAUAGGUUGGUUCUUCAAUUGGUUUCGGGUCUUACCGAGGCUUACAAGGGAGUUGCGACCCUUAUUCGCCAGAGCAAUCCUCUUCCUCUGUUUUCUCAAGCACGGUCGAUGCUUACGCUGGAGGAGGUCGGUCUCGCAAAGCAAGCCGCAACAGGGGCUGCGUCAGCCAUGGUGGUUCAGUCCCGGGAUAAUUCUGAUGAUGGUCAUGAUAAUGCUGGGGGUUCUCGUGGCCGCAAUAAGCAGAAAAAUACAGGCAACCGCAAGCAUUCCGGUGGAAAAGGCGGCGGUGGCAAGGGUGGCAACUCCGGUGGCAAAGGUGGCGGCCGAGGGAACUCCGGCCAACAGCAGCAACAGUGGCAGGCUCCUCCGGCUCCCUGA